AUGUCUGACAAAGGUCCUGUGGAUGUUCUUGAAGGAAGUACAAUUGUUACAACUGCUGGCAAACUUGAAUGCAAAUUAAUUAUUCAUGCAGUUGGCCCAACUUGGAAUGGUGGAAAUAAUUAUGAAAUUGAAUCUCUCUCAAAAGCUAUCAUAAAUUCUUUAGUAAUUGCAGAGAAAAGAAACUGUACCUCCAUCGCAUUCCCUGCCAUUAGCACAGGGAUUUUUAAAUUUCCUCUGGAUAAAGCAAGUGAGGUCAUAUUAUCAAACAUAAAGGAUUAUUUAAAGGAUAAUCCGAAUUCCAAAUUAAGAACCAUCUAUCUUGCUAGCAUAAAACCAAGUGUUAUUUCUGCUUUUCAAAAGCAGAUGAAGUCUAUAUUUCCAGAAUCUACUUCUCUUCAAAUAGAAAGUGAUGCCAAGUUUAAAAAACCAGUGUUACCAGCCAGACCAUCUCAAGCUCAAAAGUCACAAAAUAACCCUGAAAUAGUACUUGGAUUUUUGAACAAGAUAAAGUGUAAUGUGAUUGUCAACAGCACCAAUAAUUCCCUGGAUCUGUCUUCAGGAGCAAUUUCAAAGGCCAUUCUUGCAGAUGCUGGUCCAGAGUUACAACAGGAAUGUUACAGACACUCUAGUAUAUCAAUUUAUGACAUUGCUGUUACUAGUGGAUACAAUUUACCUUGUGACAAUGUGUUUCAUAUUUCUUUACCCCACUGGUCUCAAAGUUCUGUCAAUCUCAUCAAAACCUAUGUCAGAAAUUGUCUGCUCAAGGCAGAUGAAAUGAAAUUAUCACAUAUUGCCUUCCCUGCUUUUGGAACUGGAAAUUUGGGUUAUCCUAUUGACGUUGUUGCUAAUGCAAUGUUCAGUGCCGUGUCAGAAUAUAUGUCUGGUCAGAAUACUGUGGUACAGAAAAUAACUUUUGUGAUCUAUCCAAAGGACACAAUUAUACAGAAGGUAUUUGAAGAUGUCAAAAGCAAUGGAUCCACCAUCUCAAGUACUAAAACUUACCAAUCACACACUGAGAAAGCUGCAGCAGCUUUUAAUAAUAUUCCACAAGUUGCAGCAGCUAGUAAUAAGACUUCACAAGAUGACAGUGUAAGUUUUGACAUCAAAGGUGUUAAACUGAUUCUACAAACAGGAAGUAUUACAGACCAAAAUGUAGAUGGUAUUGUUCAUGGAACUAAUACUCAAUUUACUUUAAAUGGAAUCAUUUCAAAAUCUCUAUUAAGUUUAAUUGGACACCAGUUUACAAAGGAUUGCAAAUCUAAAAUUGCAGAAAUGGCAGCCAAUAACUAUGCUAUCACAAACGCUCAUUCAUUGCCUGCAACAUAUAUUGUUCAUGUGAACAUUGAAGGGAUCCGAAAUAACGCAACUCAAAUAUUCAAACUUUGUUUUGAUGGUGCUGAAAAGCAUCAAAUAACAUCUUUGGCUUUACCACCCCUUGGAACUGGAGGACUGGGCUGCAGUAUCCAAUAUUUUUCAAAGCAUCUAAGAAAUGCUGUUCAUGACUUUGCCAAAUCAUCACCAAAAAAUUUGAAAACUGUGAAGAUUGUUAUUUUUCAGCGGGAAAUGUUUGGUGAAUUUUGUCGAGAAAUGGAAAGCAUUGCAAAGAGUACCAAGUCUUUAUUCACAAAAAUUUCAUCUUCAGUUACAAAUUAUUUUUCAAAAGGGUCUGCCAAACAAGAAACAUUUGUAUCAAAAGGAAAACUUCCUUCUCCUGUCAGCUUGUUUUUCUAUGCAGACAGUCUCAAUACAAUUAAAGAAGUAAAGAAGAAAAUUGAUUCAGAAUACAAGUCUAAAUAUUUUCAUUCCACAAAUAUUGAUGACGAGAUCAUUAAAGAGCUACCAUAUAACCAAAAGCUGAUUAUUGAUAGUCUGCAGGAUCAAUAUGAAGUAAAAAUAGAAUUCAUGCCUUCAAAGAUCAUAGUGAGUGGAUAUAAGGAUGAUGUUUUCACACUAUUCUUGUUGUCGCUGCCGCUUCUGUUGUUGUUGUUGUUUCCACCCCUGUGGGACAUCCUGGGGAGGAGGAGUCACAGUCUUUUGUCCCCUCAUCGCUACCUGCUUCCAUUCAUUGAAGCCUUUGGGGGCUGGCUGGAUGUGUCUGGCCCUAUUGCUUCUUUAGAUGAUGUUGGUUACUGGGGUGGUGGCACUGGGUCCUUGCUGGGGUAUGCUUUUGACAAGUGCCCUGUAGCGCCACAGUACCAGUAG